AUGUAUACAACAACAGUAGUGCUCCUUCUUGUCCUUGUGACUUCUGUGGUUGGGGACGGAUGUGCUGACAAGGACGCUACAGCAUGCAGAACUCUAAAAGGAACGAUCAAAGACAUGUGCUCGGAACCAUGUAUAGCUGACCUCUGCAGGGAGACGUGUGGACUUUGUCCACUAAACUGUUACUCUUGUAAAGAUGAACUUUAUCCAGAGGAAUGUAACAGUACUAUUCAAUGUCAAAGUGUUCAUCAGUAUUGUAUUGCUGUUCAAGAACUUAACGACGAUUUCAUACCAUUAUUUCAAUCUGGGUGUGCAGAUGUUUCUAGAUGUUUGAACAUAUUUGGCGAAAUCAACACGAAGAGGUCAAUUCAAGACAGGUCAUACACUUUAAAAGGAGGCUGUUGUGACCAUGACAACUGUAACUACCAUGAUCCUGCCCUUAGACCGAUAGAUCCCUCCCCAGUGUCGACAGUCCGCCCUGUUUAUCCUAGCUCGUUUGAUUCGAACGUGUGUAGUGAACAGGAUGUAGACACGGCCUUCUGUGCUGCUUUAAUGCAGGCUGACUCAAACAUCUGUAACUCAACCUGUGUGGCAAACAAACUCUGCUCAGCAUCAUGUCAAACAUGCAGAAAGUGCUAUAGCUGUCCAGGUGUAAAUGAUAAAAUGAGCUGUUUGACAAGUGAAACAUGCAAAAGAGAUCAGCAAUGCGUGACAGUAGAAACACUCGGUUCUAAUUUCGAACUUCAAUACAGAUUUGGGUGUAUGAACACAACGCAAUGUAAUAAACUUUUCGGAACCUCGGUUUCUGCACCCGUUGUCGGCAGGAGGAAACGACAAAUUCAAGGAAGUUGCUGCAAUAGCGAUUAUUGCCAACAUGCUCCAGUUUCGACGACAACUCUACCCACUACCACACCGCAGCCUACGUCACCAACACCAUCCACUGCAGUAGGUGUCAUCUCUACACAACCGACUGCUGUUACCGGGAUGAAUGUCACCACAGCUGGUACCCCAACGGCUACAAAGUAUCCAUGUAAAGAUUACGACAACUCUGGUUACUGUGUUAGAUACGUGCCCCUGAUUUGCAGCACGCCAGAUCCUUUGUCUAAAAAAUUUGCCAUAGCCAAUUGUGCAUUAAGCUGCGGCCUUUGUGCCGAAUUCUAUGCUAUGGUUGCGUCCGGGGAAAUUGUCGUAAAUGCAUAG